CCUCGACCUACUUUUGGUCUCUUGUUAUCUUUGGUCUUUUCUUUCUGCGACUCUGCGCAUCAUGGAGGCGCAAGUCGAUUUUGACAUCAACGAGGCGAUCAAGCUAUUCGACAGCGACCCCUCCACCAUCCCCACGCCCGAAGCACCCAAAGCGUUGCAGGAAUGUGAAGAUGACCCCGAAUCGCUGUCGUCGCCGGCGGUGAUCAACAGGGAGCUAAAUCCUGUGGUCGACGCUAUCGCAGAGAGCCCAGAUGCAAUCACGCGCAGUUCGAUCUUUGACACACUGCAGUUCCUACUCAAGAACUCUUCACAGAUCCCUCCCGCGACCCUCACCAAGAUUCUCGAUCUCAUAGCUUCCGCACUAUCGACACAAGCAGACAUCAUCCACGCAGACCUCGAGGCAGAAGAGCAAGAUGCGAUACCACACCACAAGCAAAUCCUGGAGAUGUAUGGCUUCCUUCUCCGGUGGACCAUAUCAGCAGCCGAGACGAGAGCGCUGGAGAAGUCGGCUUCAGCACCAGUAAAAGCGCGGGGUAAGGGUGCAAAGGCAAAGUCAGGAGGGGGCAAGGAUGCUAGCUGGGAUCCUUCGGCGCAAUUGGAAGCGGCUCUGGACAGGAUGAGCAAAGUGUUGAAGCUCAAACUGGGUCGCAUCUUCGUCACGACGUCGGAACGAGACACGUUCAUUGGGCUUUUCACGAAACCAGUGUACCACAUCCUCGAAAACGAGACGAGAGUCAAGAGCAACGCCAUCCGAAACCACUGCUUCAGGGUGUUGUGUAUUGCGAUCAAGCACCACGGACAUGCAUAUACCGCGCAGACUUCGAUCAACCAGUGUCUUACGUACUUUGAGCAUCUCGCCGAACCCAUGGCCGAGUUCCUUUUCACUCUGGCCGACGCCUACGACUUCCCUCAGCUGACCGAGGAUGUACUGAAAGACAUCAGCGGCAAGGAGUUCAGCGCCACAGACUUGAAGGGGCCAAAAUCCAUCUCAACGUUCCUGACGAAGAUAUCCGAACUGAACCCGCAUCUCAUAAUCAGGCAAAUGACUCUACUGGCAAACUUAUUGGACAGCGAGUCUUACACUCUCCGAUGCGCACUUAUCGAAGUAUGCGGGAACCUGAUUGUCAUGCUGACCAAACGAAGUCAAGACGAUCGCAGUGAAAAUCUUGAGGCGCAGAUCGACAUAUUUUUUGAUGUGCUCGAGGAGCGGUUCCUGGACACAAAUCCUUACUGUCGAGCUCGAGUCAUGAUGGUGUAUGUCAAGCUUUGCGACCUUGACCAGAAGUACUCCAAGCGACGGCUGAAGGUCGCUCAACUUGCUGCACGCAGUCUCGAGGACAAGAGCAGUACUGCACGUCGAACGGCCAUCAAAUUGCUUGCAAAGCUGGUCUCAACACACCCAUUUAGCGCUUUCGAAAAUGGACUGCUGUCGACCAAGCAGUGGACAAAAAGACUCGAUGAAUGUGAUCAGCAGAUUGACGCAUUACAGCCUCCAGAAGAACUGCGGGAGCGCGCGCCGGGUGAUGAGACUGUAGAUGAAUCGUUACUACAAGAUGCAACACAAGUCGAAAACGCAGGCGCUGAACCGAAGCAUCCCUCAGAAAUGACCGAAGAAGAAAGGGCUGCCGCCAUUGAACAGGCUCAAAAGGCAACUCGGGAUCUCCAGAAUCUUGAAAAGGCUCAAAUGAUGCGGAAAUUAUUGCUGGAUGCGCUCGAGUUCAUAGACACUAUCAACGACGCUGCCAUAGUCGUAACUCAACUUCUGGCAUCGAAAAACAAGAGCGAAGUCACCGAAGCUAUGGACUUUUUCACGACAAUAGACGCCUACAAGAUUGAGAACGCGAAGGUCGGUAUUCGGAGAAUGUUACGCCUCAUUUGGACAAAGGGCAACAGCGACGAGGGCAAAGGCGUCCAGACCCACCUGAUUGAGUGCUACAAGGGCUUGUUCUUCGAUGCACCACCAGGGUUUGACGCGAAUGCCGUUGCCAACUUCGUCUCGAAGAACAUGAUGAGCUUGACGUUCGACACCACGCCCGCGGAGCUUACCUCCCUUGAGCAACUUCUCAGCACCAUGAUGAAGCAAGGGCUCAUCAACGACCUAGUCAUCCAGAAGCUUUGGCAGAUUUACGGAUUUCAGAGGAAGGAGAUCUCCAAGAAAUCACGUCGGGGAGCCAUCAUCGUCCUCGGCAUGCUCGCUCUUUCGUCCCCAGAUAUCGUUGUACAAGAGAUGGAGGCAUGUUUGCGGAUCGGCUUGGGGGAACUCGGGAGACGAGAUCUGGGUUUGGCUCGUUAUACUUGCAUUGCUCUUCGCCGAAUGAGUCCUCCUCCAGGGAAGCAGUCCGCUGGCGCUACUCCAACGCAAGUCGUCAAACUUCCCAACGAUCAUGCGGUCUUGGUGAGACUAGCUGCGAUUACCGAGAUCGUUUCGGACAGCAAAGAGUGGUACGGAGUCGCAGAGCAAGCCAUCAGUGCGAUAUAUGUUCUUUCGAAGCACCCGGACGUCCUCUGCUCAGACAUCAUCCGACGGGUGACGAAGCGUGUUUUUGCAUCGCAAGGAUCCUCGCGGCCUACAUCGAGCUCUAGUGCUGUCGAGGCUGGUACACCACCUACAGACGAAGCUGACCCGGAAGCUCCCUUGGUGAAUGACACUCAGCCAAAGCAACAGAACUCAGCUUUGGCACUCUCACAACUGUUGUUUGUUGUCGGGCAUGUCGCUAUCAAGCAGAUAGUACAUCUGGAGCUAUGCGAGCUUGAGUUCAAGCGCCGAAAGUCUGAAAAGGAGAAGACGACCGGCCCAACACCACGGCCGUCAGCAGGCUCGUCAGCGGUAGAGCCCACGCCCAUGAAGAAGGGGCGCAAGAGGGGAGCCGCCAAGGAGAAAGCACCAGCGCCCGAGGAAACUGUGGACGAACUGGACCUCAUGGCGGGCACGACAGAGGACGACUUUACUGACGCUAUCGCACAUGUUCGUGAGAAAGAGCUCCUCUACGGCCCACAGUCUCUCCUCGCCAAUUUUGGUGCUCUGGUGUCAGACAUCUGUGCAAACAACACCUCAUACAACCACCCCACUCUGCAAGCGCAAGCGGCACUGUGCUUGGCUAAGCUUAUGUGCGUGAGCGCGGAGUACUGCGAGAAAAACCUGGGUCUUCUCCUUACUAUCCUUGAGCGCAGUCAGGAUGCCGUGGUCCGCAGUAAUCUCGUUGUUGCUCUUGGCGAUAUGGCGGUCUGUUUCAACCAUCUCAUGGACGAGAACACCGACUUCCUUUACCGGCGACUGAACGAUGGCGAUCCAAGCGUCAAGCGAACAUGUCUCAUGACCCUGACCUUCCUGAUCUUGGCUGGUCAAGUCAAGGUCAAGGGCCAGUUGGGAGAGAUGGCUAAGUGCAUCGAAGAUAGUGACAGGAAGAUCGCAGACAUGGCCAAGAUGUUCUUCACGGAGCUUUCGACCAAGGACAACCAAGUGUACAACCAGUUCAUCGAUAUGUUCAGUAUCCUGAGCGCCGACACUGGAUUGAACGAGGAUGCUUUUAAGAAAAUUAUCAAAUUCCUGGCAGGCUUUAUCGAGAAGGACAAACACGCCAAACAGCUCUCCAAGAAGCUCGCUGACAGACUGCCGAGGGCAGAGAACGAGAGACAGUGGAGCGACGUCACUUACACGCUGGGCCUUCUUCAACACAAGGACGAAGAGAUUCAGAAGAUGGUGGCAGAUGGGUUCAAGGUUGUUCACGCGGCGGCUUGAUCUGUUUUGUGUUGUUUUGUAAUGAACUUGUAUGAUGGCUAAGAUACCUUGGGAUUUGCGUCGGGUUGGGUUCAUAGGCCUGGCGUUCUGGUGCAUGGUCUGGGGUAGCAACGAUUAGUUAUGCUUGGUCGAUGUAGCUUGAUGUUCGAGCAGUUCGUAUUUUUGGUACCUUUUCUUUUGGGGUUUGGUAUCGCCCUGGACUGAAGAGAUCUGAAUGAAGUCGCGUCGCGUCAUUCUCACGCU